UGCGCUGGCAUCCCUAAUGCGUCGGGCCGGCGCUUUAUAGCUGCAGCCUGGGCGGCUCCGCAGGCUGUUUUUCCGCUUCUUCACGUUGUAGCUUCUCCUACAGUACACGAAGAUGCAGCUGAAGCCGAUGGAGAUUAACCCCGAGAUGCUGAACAAAGUGUUGGCUAGGCUGGGGGUCGCCGGCCAGUGGCGCUUCGCUGACGUGCUGGGGCUGGAGGAGGAGACUCUGGGCUCGGUGCCAUCACCUGCCUGCGCGCUGCUGCUGCUCUUUCCCCUCACUGCCCAGCAUGAGAACUAUAGGAAAAAACAAAUUGAGGAGCUGAAGGGACAAGAAGUUAGUCCUAAAGUGUACUUCAUGAAGCAGACCAUCGGCAACUCCUGCGGUACCAUUGGGCUGAUUCACGCCGUGGCCAAUAAUCAAGACAAGCUGGAUUUUGAGGAUGGAUCAGUCCUGAAACAGUUUCUUUCUGAAACAGAGAAGAUGUCCCCUGAAGACAGAGCAAAAUGCUUUGAAAAGAAUGAGGCCAUUCAGGCAGCCCAUGAUGCUGUGGCCCAGGAAGGCCAGUGUCGGGUAAAUGCAAAUACAAAUCCGAGCCAGGCUGCCCAGGUAGAUGACAAGGUGAAUUUUCAUUUUAUUCUGUUUAACAACGUGGAUGGCCACCUCUAUGAACUUGAUGGGCGAAUGCCUUUUCCAGUGAACCAUGGCACCAGUUCAGAGGACUCCCUGCUGCAGGAUGCUGCCAAGGUCUGCAGAGAAUUCACUGAGCGCGAGCAGGGAGAGGUCCGCUUCUCCGCUGUGGCCCUCUGCAAAGCAGCCUAAGUCCUGGGGGAGAGCUGGCUGCUCCCCUUCCCCUGGGCAGGACUGCACAGCUCUGCCCUCAAUCUGCAGCCUCAGCACUUAUAAUCACCGCCUUCUCCUUCUGUUCUGCAGCCCCAGCCCCUCCACCCCACCCAGACACUAGAAGCCCACUGUCACAUGGGCCACACCAGUGUGAGCUUCAGAUGUGAAACCUUUAGCCCACUGUGUCUUGUACCUUAAUAUCUACGGCCUCUUUGGUUUAUGUCUGUAAGUGAAGGCUUUGGAUGUGGUUUGUCUGUCAUUAAAAGGAAUAAAACUUUUCUGCUGAUAAGAGAUAA